AUGCCUUCGCACGUCAACCAAAAAGGCGCGUUUGGUCCACUAAGGAGGGGAUCCAUCGUUUCGGCGUGGCCGAAUGGGAAGUCCGCCGCGCAUAUCCCUAAGACUUCAACCUUUUGGGAGUGGCUAUUGCCAGAAGGGGUCUACGGUCAUCCUCUGGUCAUCGUUGGCACGCGCAACAACGACACUAUCGCGUGCGUUGCAGUGAUGACCAGUUUCGGCAAAAUGGGCAUCGAGGACAACUUUCGGACACCGGAACGCUACGGGCUCAGGAACAAAUACCUUGCCGUCAAUCAUGGGAACACCAAACCACACAGCGAUGCACGUGUUCUUGGCCUGGAGCACGGCCAACGGUUGACCAGACAAUCAUACAUCAACUUGGACUCAUUCUUCGAGAUCGAGAUGAGCGAGUUGAGGCCAUGGCACCAUGACUAUAAGAGGUGCCUCGACCAGGAGUCCGUCCGUUACCUUCAGUCACAGCUCAGCGAGCACAUUGAGGCUGCCUGGGGAAUCUACGCCAGACCAGCGCACAACGGCUGCCUUUCUCCGCUCGACCGCUGGCUCAUCCACCCAAGCUGGCUCGGUCUAAUUGCACCAAAGGUCUACCACUCCGGGAAACCUGCAGCAGCGGCCACUCAACCCCAGAGAUCUCGCAACCACAAGAAUGGGGACAAAGUCAACAAACCAGCUGCGAAAAGGCCAAAUUCCGGCAAGGCCUGUGCAUCUGCCAUCAAAGCGGCUGCUCUUGACCCAAAGUCGUCCGUGACUUGGUUCAAAGGCUGA